AUGUUGAUCGAAGGAGCAACAAAUCAAAGCAAACUUUCGUCCUUCAGGUUUUGUGCGGAAGACUAUAAUCCUUUCGAUGUGAAUAAGCUGGACAAGUACGUUGUUGGGGACGACUACACGCCUAUCUGGGAGAUACCUUCACUCAAGGACUAUUUUCUCCAUCAGAAAUUAGGAUGGAAAGGAGCAUUCGACGCUUAUUUGAGGUCACAAAAUCAGGAUCCACAAAAAAUCUGGGACAGAAUAGACGAGAUAAUUGCGGAGGUAUUUCAAAAGCAACAAGUGAUGAUGCUACACGCUUUGAAGUCAGUCCAGUCCAAAGCAAAUUUCUUCGAACUGAGCCGAUUUGAUUUCGUGGUUGAUGAGAACCUGAACGUUUUCCUCAUGGAGGCCAACAUGUCUCCAAAUCUCUCAUCAGGACACUUCGCUCAGAAUCAGAUUCUCUACGAGCAAGUGCUCUAUAACGUUUUCUCACUUGUUGGCAUAGCAUCUGCAUUCACCAAGGAAGUUCACGAACGAUCACGAGACUAUGACAAUGCUCCCAAAUUUCUUGCUCCUGACCAAAGCAUUUAUCUAAUUGCACCCGAAUGCUCGAACUGCUCAUCAUGUGAUGCUAUGAUGGUAGGAGUUUCGGAGUUCGUAAUCUCUUCGCUAGCAGAAGUGCGCCAUAGUGCCAAGCCUCACUGCGAUGAAGGAGAACUGACGGCGGUCUUAGGGAAAUGGUCGAUACCGCAUAAGCCGCUGAUACUGUCAAUGAGACAGAAGAUAUGGGCGAACCUAAAAUACCCCAUUGCGAUGUAUUAA